AUUGUUGGGUGAAUGCACCUUGAACGCACCUUGGCUUGUCACCACAGUUACUAUAGAAACAAAGCAUAGCCCUGGAUGGCUAACGUCUGCUAGCUGCAAACAGUACUGAGAUAUGUUGUAGACUAAAUGUUAAUUUGUCUAAAAUGGCGGAUCGCUACGCCUUUCUUGCUGAGUGGUAUGACCCUACUGCAGCUCUCCUGCGGCGUUAUCAACUGUUCUACUACCCCAAAGAUGGCUCAGUGGAAAUGUUUGAUGUAAAAAACCAGCGAAUAUUUUUGAGAAGGACCAAAUAUGACGACCUCAAUCCAGAGGACCUGUUCAUUGGGAAUCGAGUGAAUGUGUUCUCCCGACAGCUUAACCUGAUUGACUAUGGGGAUCAGUACACAGCAAACAAGCUUGGCAGCAAAAAAGAAAGAACUCUUGCAUUAAUAAAGCCAGAUGUAGUUACCAAGAUCGGAGAUGUCCUUGAACUGAUAUACUCCUCCAACCUGAUUGUGACCAAAGCCAAAAUGACAAAGCUUACAUGGAGCCAAGCGGCAGACUUUUAUGUCGAACAUCAGUCAAAGCCUUUCUUCAAUAACCUGGUGCAGUUUGUGUCCUCGGGCCCUGUGGUUGCCAUGGAGCUGAUGGGUGAUGAGGCUGUGUCUAUCUGGAGGAGGCUCCUGGGACCUGUAGACUCUGCUGUGGCGCGGAAGGAGGCACCGCAGAGUGUCCGUGCCCAGUUUGGAACAGAUGGCUUAAAAAAUGUUGGACAUGGCUCUGACUCACUUGCUGCAGCAGCAAGAGAGCUUGAAUUCUUUUUCCCAUCCACAAUUGGCCAUGGCCCCUCUAAUACAGCCAUCUACACAGACUGCACAUGUUGCAUCAUCAAACCUCAUGCGAUAUCAGAAGGUCUGACGGGGAAGAUCCUGAACUCCAUAUCAGCUGGAUUUGAAAUCUCAGCCCUUCAGAUGUUCAACGUGGACCGGGCAAAUGCAGAAGAAUUCUAUGAAGUUUACAAAGGUGUUGUCACAGAGUAUCCUAGCAUGGUGACCGAGCUGUGUUCUGGACCCUGCAUGGUCCUAGAGAUCCAUGGCACCGACGCUCCUCAGUCAUUCAGGGAAUUCUGUGGGCCCGCUGAUCCAGAAAUUUCCCGGCAUCUUCGUCCAACCACAUUGCGUGCUCUUUAUGGCAAAGACAAAGUGAAAAACGCAGUCCACUGUACAGACCUUCCUGAAGACGGUGUUCUGGAGGUGCAGUAUUUCUUCAAGAUUUUGGACGGGUGAAUGCAAAGGAGAAAACAUGCAACUACAUAUUCAAAGACUUUACAGUUGACUCAUUUUUCUGUUUAUUGUUUCAGCCUUGUGCAGAUUAAAUAAAGUGACAAGAGUAGA